CCCUGGCCAGCGCGCAGCCUUCCCGGCGCCGGCAAGCUGGGUCUUGGGGAUUCUGGUUUGCUUUGGCUCCCUCGCUUUCACCAGCCACUGGAUCUUACAUACCUCUGUGUCCCCCACUUCCACCCCAUGUCCCCAUGCUCCUGCGCCAGCAACAGGGCUCGAUCUCCGGAUAGCAUUUGACUUAAGGAGAGCCUGCUGCAUGUCAGUAGACAGACCUUGCUAGAACCCCUCGGCUCCUGGAGACACUCAUCUCGCCUCCUUUUGUGUGUGGGUGUGUCCUCACUGAGCAUUCAAAACUGUUUCUCCAAAGGUUUUUACAAAAACUCAGACUGUUUUCCAAAGCAGAAGCGCUGGCGUCCACGGCAGAAGCGAUGGGCAGCGUGCGAACCAACCGCUACAGCAUCGUCUCCUCGGAGGAGGAUGGCAUGAAGCUGGCCACCAUGGCGGUGGCAAAUGGCUUUGGGAACGGCAAGAGUAAGGUGCACACUCGGCAACAGUGCAGAAGCCGCUUCGUGAAGAAAGAUGGCCACUGCAACGUCCAGUUCAUCAACGUGGGCGAGAAGGGUCAACGGUACCUCGCUGACAUCUUCACCACGUGUGUGGACAUUCGCUGGCGCUGGAUGCUGGUUAUCUUCUGCCUGGCGUUUGUUCUCUCGUGGCUGUUUUUUGGCUGCGUGUUCUGGCUGAUAGCUCUUCUCCACGGAGACCUCGAUGCUUCAAAGGCGGGCAAAGCGUGCGUGUCCGAAGUCAACAGCUUCACAGCUGCCUUCCUCUUCUCCAUCGAGACCCAGACGACCAUAGGCUACGGCUUCCGCUGUGUCACGGACGAAUGCCCGAUUGCGGUGUUCAUGGUGGUGUUCCAGUCCAUUGUGGGCUGCAUCAUCGACGCCUUCAUCAUUGGCGCCGUCAUGGCGAAGAUGGCCAAACCCAAGAAGAGAAACGAGACUCUGGUCUUCAGUCACAACGCUGUGAUCGCCAUGAGAGAUGGCAAGCUGUGUCUUAUGUGGCGGGUGGGCAACCUCCGCAAGAGCCACUUGGUGGAAGCGCACGUCCGAGCUCAGCUUCUCAAAUCCAGAAUAACUUCCGAAGGGGAGUACAUCCCCCUGGAUCAAAUAGACAUCAAUGUGGGCUUUGACAGUGGGAUCGAUCGUAUAUUUCUCGUGUCUCCCAUCACGAUAGUGCAUGAAAUAGAUGAGGACAGCCCUUUAUACGACUUGAGUAAACAGGACAUUGACAACGCAGACUUUGAAAUCGUUGUCAUACUGGAAGGCAUGGUGGAAGCCACCGCCAUGACCACACAGUGCCGCAGCUCGUACCUGGCAAAUGAAAUCCUUUGGGGCCACCGUUAUGAACCUGUCCUCUUUGAAGAGAAGCACUAUUACAAAGUAGACUAUUCGAGGUUCCACAAGACCUACGAAGUCCCCAACACGCCCCUAUGUAGUGCCAGAGACUUAGCAGAAAAGAAGUACAUCCUCUCGAAUGCUAAUUCAUUUUGCUAUGAAAAUGAAGUCGCCCUCACAAGCAAAGAGGAAGAUGACAGUGAAAACGGGGUUCCAGAAAGCACAAGUACGGACACCCCACCUGAUCUUGAUCUUCACAACCAGGCCAGCGUACCUCUAGAACCCAGGCCCUUACGGCGAGAGUCAGAAAUAUGACUGACUGUUUCUUUCUCUGGAAUAUUUACUUUUCUACAUAGUCUGUUGGUCAGAGGCCUGAAACAGUUAUACGGAUGACGGUACCGGUCAAGAGGUGGAUCGACUCUAGUGGCCACGAGAGACUGGGGCUGGCACCACGGUUUUCAAGGAAAGACUGUAAGCUCGAUGGUUGACAUUAAGCACUAAACAUGCCUCCGCAUGACCCGAUGGCACAUAUAUGUUGUAGAAUAAGUUAUGGGUUUUUAUGUAUUGUUUUGUGUUUGGACAAAACUUGAACUUGCAGGCAAGCCUUGGUUGGGUAUCUGAUUUAUCCAGAGUGCUUCUCUUUAGGGAACAAGAAUGUUUUUAAUGGCAUAACAAAGGCAAGACUCGGCCUUAAUUUUUUGCAAAGCUGCUAACUACAUGAACACAAAUUGUAUUUUUGUUGCAGUGUAGUUUUUCUUUUAUGUAAGUUAAAAGUCAGUGUUGAACUUUGUUGAAAGCUCAUAUGUGCUUCAAAGUGGCAAGUAUUUGGCUAUUAACUGCCAAGAUGAGAGCCUGAUUUUCUGAGGCCAGUAAUUUGUUUGCUAGCAUUGAUUUUUUUUUUCCCUCUCUCUUUGUUACAUAAGGGCAUUAUGUAACACUAGCCAAAUGGUAGCCUCUGGGUUUUUUUUUUUUUUCCUCUCUCUCUCUUUCUCCAUGAUAUUAAUGGGUUAGCUCAAAAUUUAAGUUAGACUACCUAAAAUAAAUACCAAAGAUCAUGCAUAUUUUUGCACAGUGACGAUUAUGCUUAAAAGGAGGCCUACGGGCCGUCUUGAAAUUGAGACGGUAAACUUGAACCUCAUCAAGACCUAGAACCACCUGUUCCUGUUCAUUUUGCACCUUAUUCAGAAAACAGAGCAUCAGUCAUGUAGAUGUGAAUGACCGUACUGUUUUUAAAAUUUUGUUCUUUCAUAAAACAUUGUUUAUUAGAAAGGAAGUUAAAAAAAAAAAGGAAAGUAAGAUUCACUCCCACACAAACACACACACGAUAGUAUCAACAUGGUUGCGUAAAGUAAGAGAUGGUGACAUACUGUUAGAUUUCUCUGAUAUUUUAUGUUUUGCACAUUCCAUGAUUUAUUUCAGAAGACAAGAUCUUGGUAGAACUUUGUUGGCAUCCUCAAAACUGAGCCAUCCAACAUGAAAGAUAAAUAGGCUUAAGCCUUUGUGCUGGAAUUCCUUGCUUGGAGUGUCAGGACAUUUCCAGCUUGAGUCCCCCCUCGAGAAGAGAUUCAACUCUUGGCCUGUAGGUUGUUCUUCUGAUCAAUCUGUCUGCAGCAGCAAGAUCUGCAGUAUCACAGAAGGCUGCGGAUGCCCAAGUGGGGAAGAAAGGAGGUGUGGACAAGCCUGUGUGAUUCCACAGCACAGCUCAGCUCCAGUACUCAAGAGUGAGAGGAAAGCUGCCUGUUUGAUGCUACAGGACUGGAACAUGAAUGUCUCAGGAUCGUAGCAUCAAACAGAGGCACAGAAAUAUAACGCAAUCACAAACAAAGGAGAUGACAGCCUUGACAGGGUCAUUUCCCCUUUGUGACUGCGUACUCGCAACGGAGCAUGAGCUGACCACUUCUUUCCUGGAACCCUACAGCAGUUGAGUAAGGACACCGUGUUUUGCAGAAGCCUCUCUACCAGGCUGACUGCCUUGCUAGAAACAUUUUCUUCUCUGCUUUAGAUCAAUAAUGAACCUUCUUUUUGCAAAUUUGAUUUUGGUUUCAUGUUUAUUUCCUAUUAAUAGUGAAUUCUGAGGUUACUGACUUUUUAAUUGGAGUCUCAAAAUCAACUCUCUUGUGGUAUUAUACCCCAUGUAUGCCAUUAAAAAACAGCUUGUUCUAGAAUCAUGUAUUUGUAAUUGGAUGUCUGUGAUAGUCUCUUGAACGGCCACAUCCGAAUACAGUGCCUGCAAAACUAUGAUAGUUUCUGCUGUUUGCAGCCUUCAAGGUCUAUGGAAUUAAAAACCACACAGUGGUUUUCGGAGAGACCAAGAAAGAGAUGUUGAAACAAGUUGUGUUAUUUUAAAUCUGAAUUCAAAGGCAGGUUUGGGAAGUUGUUGAAAAGAGUUGGAGGGACUGCAGAUUGGAGAAGAGAGUUUGUGGAAGAGGUGAUGAUUUGGUCACUGACAAUGAAAGACUAUUAAGGGCAUCAGCUGCUGCUAUUAAGAGGUUUUGCAAAGGAAAAAAAAAUAAUCAAACCAAAGAGUAUUCAGUGAUAUGUAAAUUAAAUGAAGAUGCAGUGGAGAAAGGGGGUGACCACAGGAGAGGUUCCCCCCAAACAUACAGUGCUGCCACUUAAAAAGACUUGAGCUCUGUGAAAAGGGGUGGGUGUGGGGGGCAAGAAAGAGGGAGGGAGAUAUUUCAGCUUAUUUCUGAAAGGAGAAAAAAAAUCUAAAAUUUCUGGUGCACAGGUUUGUUUUUUUUUUUUUUCAAGAAUAUUUUGCAGAAGCUAUGUUUUUAAAGUGUACAUUUUAUAAAGUUUAUCAGAUAUUUUCAUAUUUAAAGCCAAAUGUAAAUAGAAGUCUGUAAAGGGAAAAAAAAUUGCCAUAGAAAGUGUGAUUUCAAUGCAGCAAUCUCGGAGAGCUAGCACCUAUAUGCUACCGGUUAGCAUGGUUUUAGCAAAUAUUUCCCGGCUUUAUAAGGUUCGUAUUGCUAUGUUCUCUUAUUUAUUUCAGCAUGGGCUGUUCAUUUGAAAGCUUCUUUUAGUUAUUGGCAUUUUAAUAGUUAUGAGCUUUAAAUCGCUUUUUUUUUUUUUUUUUUUGUCAAGAGCCAAGACACAGGUAAUGCACGCCAUUUAUUGCUGCGUUUUACCUUCAAAAUAAUGGUCCUCAUUGACGGGGUCUCCUUAACUGGUGCACACAUGUCACUAGAAUGCAGACAGAAGGGACUCACGGUGAAUAUCUGGGGUUGAUCCCCAGAUGCAAGUUGCUUCUCUAUUGCAAGCAAACCCCUCAUUACUUAGCUAGGAUGUAAUCCCUUUUAAAGAAUGUUUGCCCAUAUCGGGAUGGGCACUAUAUUUUUUGGGGAAGGCAUAGAUUCCUGGUUAUCCUAUUUUUAAAUAAAGGGUAGACAAAGCGAAUUCUAUUUUGAUUAUUGAGAAAGGAAUAGUUUUCUAUCCCUCUAAGUGUAUACUUGAAUCAGACAUUUUGAGGAUGUCAUUAUAGCACUGUAGUUAUUUCCAAAUUCCUAGAGAAUUUUUUUUAAAUUUACGUUGUUUUUGUUCUAUUAAUGCAUUAUUUCUUCCCUGCCCUUGUAUUCUUCUCGAUCAAUUCCCAUCCCAAAUCCUGAGGUUUAUGUGAUGAGCUGUCCCCCCAAUCAUGUUCACUUUGCAAAUAGCACAUGUCACUUCAUAUUUCAUAGUAAACCACUCAUAAUGGCAAAAGGCUUGUCCUAGGAAGUUGAGUGAGUUCUUUUUUACUCUGUGUCCAGCAAUAUUAAGCUGGGAAAUUAAAGUGUUCUAUAAUCACCUCUCAUCCCAACCUUUGGCAAACUAGAAUUUCUUUUCUAGUCAUGUUAGGGGAGUGGAACAACCCUGGUCUUUGACAAUCAUAAUUGUUAUUAUUUUCCCACUUGCCAUCUUUUUGUAUCUAAAGUCUUCCUAUUGUACUGCACAAACCAUGGAUUGUACAUAUUUUUAUAUGUUAUGUCUUAUUUUAUUAUUUCUGAAUAAAAAAUUAAAAACCAAAAACAAA